CUAUCAGAUGUUGUAACGUUAACGUUUCUCAGCCGUGUGCGUCAUUUUAAACUUUAAAGGUUAUUGAAAUGUUUCAUCAGCAAGUAGCUAUAAGGGUAAAAAGUCUUCUUGUGGUUUAAAUGCGUCUCGUCUUUAUCACAAGGACACCAUCUGCCGCUGAAUGUGAUAUUAUGUACCGCGGUCAUGAGCGUUACAUAACGGUGUGGCUGACGGGCUGGAGAGAGCCAUCAAACACACAGAUCCCGCUCAUGUCCGUGUGUUUCUGCUCACCAGACAACAAUAGCGUUAGCCACCCAUGGGAGACGGUGACCAAGGCGGCGAUGCAGAAGUACCCCAACCCCAUGAACCCCGGUGUGUUUGGUGUGGAUGUUCUGGACCGAAGCGUGGACACAGAGGGACGGUUACACAGCACCCGCCUGCUCAGCACAGAGUGGGGGCUCCCCGGCAUGGCCAAGUCUAUGUUCGGGGUAACGAGAACAUGCACUUAUGUUCAGGAACAUUCAGUGGUGGACCCCAAAGAGAAAAGCUUUGAGCUGAAAUCUACAAAUAUCUCCUUCACUAACCUGGUAUCUGUGGACGAGAAGUUGACGUACAAGCCACAUCCGCAGGAUUCUGAAAAGACGGUGCUGACACAGGAGGCUAUGAUCAGUGUGAAAGGAAUCAGUCUGAGCAGCUACCUCGAGGGUCUCAUGGCAAAGACCAUCUCUGUCAACGCUGGAAAGGGUCGGGAGGCGAUGGAGUGGGUCAUCAGAAGAUUAAACACAGAAAUCGAGGAGUUGGCGGCGACUGCUCGCGGUACUAUACGUGCUCCAAUGGCAGCAGCUGUCGCAGACAAAUGAUCCCGGCCUCCCCCGCUGCUUUCUCCGCCAUCAUGAAUCGAUGGACCUCUCAGACAUUUCCCCUCACCUAAUCUGCCAACACAGCAUAAUAACCACAGCCCCACUGGUCCUGCGUACGUUUUUUCGUGUGCGUUUGUCCCUCAGCAGUCUGCGGCGACAGGUUUGAUACUCGCUGCAGUGGGCAGCGACGGGGAGUGUUGAGCUGAUGACGGUUUAGAAAACAAAACAAACAGGGUUGAAUUGGACUGCACUUGAAGCUCAUAAACUUAUUCUUGUGAUGUUAAAGCUCUUUAAAAAAAAAAAAUCACACCGUGCCUCCACAUCAUCUCAUCGAUUUCUUCUUUUCUGUCUUCCUCCCCUUCAUCUUUCUCUUUUUAUUGUUUUCAAAUCCUUGUAAGCAAGUUGAGUACUUGCAACGACUGAAAUUAAGUACUUUUUCUAAUUUUUACUGACGUUUUCUGGAUCGUCUUACCUUGCUUUGUACAGCAGAACAGACCAAAAUAUCUCAAAAACAAAAAAGCCACCAUAGCAAACAGACUCAGAAAGUAUAGCAGUCACUGCGUCAGCUGUCGCAUCGAAGCUCCAGGCUUUUAUUCUCCAGUCCUGAGUCUAGAUGUUUGUCCCACCUGGACUUUCUCCCAGAUGUAUUUGUGCCGAGUUGCAGUGUGAACAGUUUGUAGUGAAAACUGUUGCAGCUCAGGGGACGAAGAACUCUCGUCUGACAGUCAGAUCUGCGUUCAGGUUAAGUGGCCCGACAGGAAAGCCAGUUUGUGGGUGUACUUGCAAGGUGCUGUAAUACUUAGGGUUUGGAUUUACUUAAGUUUGUUAUUCGUCAAAACCUUUAAAAGAAUUGUGUGUGUCAGCAUGGUGGACUUCAGAUGUUCUGGUCUUGUUCUAGGUACGAGUUUCUUCACUUCAAGUCUCUCUUGCCUUCUUCUCUUACGCUGAUGAUGUGCUGUAUAGUUAUGUGUUGCAGUAUAAAAAUGUGCGUACACGAAUGUCUAACUUAUUAGCAUGCGGACUUGAAUGCAUUUAAAAAGGCAGUAAGUUGUUAAAGUGCAGAGCUGCAAAAAUGAGUAUGAGCACUGAUCCACAUGACGCAGUGUUUUUAAUAUGUUGUGAAUGUUCGCCAGCUUAGAAGGAGCUCUGCAGGGCUACGCUCAGGAUCCCUGAGCGUGCCAACAUAAUAUGUGAAGAUUAAAAUAAGUGUUCCGAUUUAAUACCCCAAAACACUUUAACAAUCAACAAACCUACUUGGUAUGCUCUUUCCAUUUGUUUCCACACGGCCUAUAGAUGGUGUUAUUUAUAGUACAUUUGUAUUGGUGAACAUUAACAAAGGUUGAUUUUAAAAGCUUGUGGUGUUCUUAUACAUUUCCCUUCUUUAUCCCACAGCGGACUCUCAGGUGCUACAUAGUUUCCCUGUUUUCCUUCAUAUAGAGAUGAAGGCGCCAUAAUAGCUUUGUAACUUUGUUCGUCCUUCCCUUUUCUUUAGAACUUUUAAUAAGGACAGUUGGAUUAAAGUUUGCAUCAACGAUGCGUGUUGAUGGUGCUGAGCAUCACAAGUCUUCUGAGAUGCUCCACAGUCGAUAUCCUGCUCGACUUUCACGGCCUCAGUUAGUUCAGUGGAUCUCUAUUUAUCUACAGUAGGUCAAUCGGUCAGUCACACCCACUUCCAGUUCAGCUGAGCUUCUUUUUAAAAGCUUGUUCAUGAUUAACUAACUCCUGUCUGACUCAGCCAGUCGGUGUCCUCCAGUGUCUCGCUUCAUUAUUGAAAUGUGACGUUUUUCUAUGGGGAACAUUUUAGGAACGGUGGCUGUAAUUUCUAUUUCUAUUUUGGUGGUGUUACAUUCCAAGAAUGUGAACAUGUAACAUAAUCUAAAGAGUGCAGACUGAAAUGUUCUAAAAUAAAGAGAUGUCAUUGUUUCAUGAA